AUGGCUCUUCCAUCCUCUUACACCAAGGAUAAAAUCGGAGAAUUGGCUUGCACUUAUGCUGCUUUCAUUUUGCACGAUGAGGGUAUUCCUAUCACUGCUGAUAAGAUCAAGGAUUUAGUCAACGCUGCUAACGUUGAAAUGGAACCAUUCUGGCCAUCCGUCUUUGCCAAGUUCUUCCAAAAGAAGUCUGUUUCUGAUAUUUUGGCCAAUAUUGGAGGAUCAGCUGCUUCUGCAGGUCCUGCUGCAAGUGCUACUGAAUCAAGCGCUCCAGCUGCUGCAGAGGAAAAGAAGGAAGAAAAGAAGAAGGAAUCUGAAUCCGAGGAUGAUGGUGAUGCUUUCGGUGGUCUCUUCUAA